AUGGCUAUCGCUCAAGGUUCAAUCCCUAGUUCUUCUGAGUUCGUCACACUUCAAGAGGCGUAUGGUCUUACUCCGGCUGACGGGGUGGAGUUUCCUGUCUCCGGCUCCUUGAUUACUCGACCUCCUCCCGGGAAGGUGGGUGUUUACCUGAAGACCUUCGAUGCUGGUCUUCGUCUCCCGUUGACCGACUUUCGGGAGGAGAUACUCCACCGAUGUGGGUGUAGCGUGCAGAUGCUGACUCCCGGCGCCGUUCACAAGGUGGUGGCUUUCGAAAUGAUAUGUUAUGCUAACGGCAUCAUGCCCGAUUACUUCGUAUCCUAUUACUUCUUCCAAUUUGCUGCCACCAAUGACAGGUAUACUUUCUCCGCCCGUCGCAGGGGGGCAUAA